AGAGGGCGAGAGAUUUAGGUAAAGGCGAUAGGACCACAACAAGAGGGGCAUAUUGAGAGACACUGAAGGGUAGGAAGGUGGAGAUAGAAACAAGACAGAGUGAGAUUGGAAUGAGACAGAGAGACAGUUUUAACUACAGGGUGAAAGCAGUUUUUUGGUUGAUGGAAGCAGGUGUUAAAGUGCCACAAAAGAUCUAUAGGUUCUGGAUGGUGACUGGGACUCGGAGUGCCUGUGUUGGAUUGGAACCCAGUUUGGAUCAUCUAAACCUGGGCAGAAGGAGGUAGAAGUCCCAGUGAUACACUCCUGGACGUUACUGCUGUGCAUUUGAGGGGGUCUCACUGGCGUUGGGGAGGCGUGCUGCACAGACGGACGGACGCACUGGCGGUGCGUGUGUUUGUGUGUGUGUGUAUGUGUAUGUCCGAGUGAUAUCCCCCUAUGUCCUUCUUUUGGUGGCUGUGCGUGCACCAGGGCCCAGUAUAUGGAUAGAAGCUCUCUGUUUCAGCUCAUCCAAGAGCAGCUGGACCCAGAACAGACUGGUUUCAUAACUGUGGAAAAUGUUACCAGUCUAGCUGAGCAUCAUGAGUUACAGCUGGACCCCAGUAAACUGGAGAUGCUGCUCGCGCUGGUACAGAGCAACGAACAUGGUCACGUCUGCUACCAGGAACUCAUAGAACUGCUGAACAGUAAACGUUCCAGUAGUUUUCGCCGAGCCAUUGCAAAUGGACGUCGCACACUGCAGCGAGAGAUCCUAUUGGAUGAGACGGGACUGGGGGUGUAUAAGCGUUUUGUGCGCUAUGUGGCUUACGAAAUUCUACCGUGUGAGACGGACCGACGAUGGUACUUCCAUCAGAACCGAAUCUGCCCACCGCCUGUGUUUAUGGCCAUCAUAACUAUUGCACAGAUCAUUGUGUUUAUGUGUUAUGGAGUGAUGCUGAAUAAAUGGGUGUUGCAAACAUACCAGCCAGAUUUCAUGAAGAGUCCGCUUGUGUAUCAUCCCGGGCACCGGGCACAGAUCUGGAGAUUCUUCAGCUACAUGUUCAUGCAUGUUGGAUUAGAGCAGCUGGGCUUCAAUGCUCUUCUCCAGCUGAUGAUUGGAGUUCCGUUAGAGAUGGUUCAUGGGAUCCUGAGAAUCAGUCUGCUGUAUAUGGCAGGAGUCGUCGCUGGUUCAUUGACGGUGUCCAUCACGGAUAUGCGAGCGCCGGUGGUGGGCGGGUCCGGUGGGGUCUAUGCACUUUGCUCAGCACAUCUCGCUAACGUUGUCAUGAACUGGGCAGGUAUGAAGUGUCCAUACAAGCUGCUACGGAUGAUUCUUGCACUGGUUUGCAUGAGUUCUGAAGUGGGCCGGGCUGUAUGGUUACGCUUCUCCCCGCCCCUUCCCUCCUCAGGCCCACAGCCCAGUUUCAUGGCACACCUGUCUGGCGCCGUUGUGGGCAUCAGCAUGGGACUCCUUAUCCUACGCAGCUACGAGGAAUCCCUGCAUAAACAGUGCUCCUGGUGGGUCCUCAUCUUCUCCUUCAUCACCUUCCUCCUCUUCGCCAUCUUUUGGAACAUUUUCGCUUAUGAACUACUCGGGGUACAAAUCCCGCCCCCACCCUGAUGACACGCCUCCCCAGUGGCUAAGAAGCCACGCCCCCAGAUCUCGGUCUAAAACAGGUCCAACCUCAAUAUACUCCACUAGACCAGCGGUGGAGAAAUGGACGUGAAAACAAGCAGGAUUUGAAACGGUUCAAUAUGAGAAACAUACUCACAUUCCAUACAGUAGAAAACGGCGUGAUAUUUUUAAUGAACACUUCGAGGCAGCUCAAGAGUCCAAUGAGCUUUGAAAAGACUGUCAGUACUUAGUCUUGCAACAAAAACAUGCACACACACACACACACACACACACACACACACACACACACACACACACAUCAGAUUUGUUUUCUUCUUUCUUCUGUGUGAAUUUCAGCCUAAGGCUCAUUCACGAUGCCUUUCUGUAUUGUUUUGAUUUGACAGCCUCAUCUAAGCCUGUUAUGCAUUACAGAUAUGAUCCGUAACAGAUGAAACAGCGGCACUCGAACCAGGAAUCUCUAAAACUAAAAACAAAGGCUUACGUUUGAUGAUACGGUCCUCAUAGAGGUACGAGGGAUUGUUGAUAUCAUUUGGUAGUGUUUGUUGUCGAAAAGUACGGCUCUUAUAAGUAGUGUUCAUUCAAGGUAGAAAUUGUGAACAAAAUCACGUUUCUAUAGACCUGAAGAUCUCUGAAUAGUUUUUGUUUACGUUGUCGUUAGCUGUACACACACACACACACACACACACACACACACAUGCAAACACCAAGGCCAAGAAACAAGAGCUCUGUUUCAAAACAGUGAGCGUUCGACUGAGAGGUCGACUGGGGUUUUGCCGAUACGAUAACUAAACUGACGGAAAAGGUAGAUAACUGAUUAAUCGGCCUAUACUUUUUAAAAAUGGAUUUAUUGAACAUUUCUUAGUCUUUCUUUACUAUGGCGGGAACAAAUAUUGAGGCAUCAAGAGUCCAUAAUAAAUAAAUCUCAGAUGUAGUUUAUUGUGCAAGCAGAAUCCCCAAAAUAACUGGAAACAAUUAUUUGUUGCAGAACGUGGAAUAUUCGAGUAAGUAUGAAAUAGCCUAAAAUACACAGGGGACUCUUAUUUUGAAAUGUAUCUACUUCUAGCUCACACAAGCACAUAAGGGAAACAAAACAUGCACUUACAAUCAUCUACAAUGUGUUAAAACGUAAACACUACAUUUACAUUUACAUUUAUUCAUUUGGCAGACGCUUUUAUCCAAAGCGACUUACAAAAGAGGAAGAACAUCAGGGAAUCAUCUUAGGGAGACAGUGGUACACUAUAAAGUAAACAUUGGGAUAUAGACUAAUAAAUACUGUUUGAGCAGUAAUUAAUUUUUGCAGAUAAGCAAUAGUUCUAUCAGGAAGACUCGCAGACUUGUGUUACAUUUAAGAUGACAUUUAUUUUAUGAAUAUAAAACAGAAAUAUAAUGUCUCUCUCUUUGGCGUAAACCCCAUCUGGCAGUCCGAAGAAGUUGUACUAGGAACCGUCAUAUCCUGCCGGAGAUAAGAGGCAGGGGCGAGGAGCCUACCCCCGUGCAGGACGGGACUCAACAGGUGGUGGCGGGGUGGAGGAGGUUGCCGUGUUAGCACACUGAAACAGCAAUGUGAUAGAUUGUGAGCAGACUUAUAAAGCAACGGCUUGCAUGUGAUUUGCUAGGAAUUACCCUGCUAAUGGUGCGAUGAUGUACAGCUGCUAGUCUUCCCGCUAGAACUACGCUGCACUUACAUUUCCAAAAUCAAACUACCGCCACUGAUGAAUCUGUAAAUCGAUAUCUAGACACUUAUAAUUCAUUCUACCCCAAAAAAAUGUCAAUAAAAGGAGCUCAUUCUAAUUGAACCCAAAUUGAACCAACUGUCUAUGCUUAUUAGCUUAUCGUGUCAUUAGCUUACUCUAUAGAAAUCAAGUGCAGUGUCAAGUCUCCCAUUGUUUUUAUAAUUCACUGAGAUGCUGCCGAUGUAGGUCAUUCCAGAUCACUAGGUAAGAUGCUGCCUUUUAAGCAAUAGACAGCAAGGCAGCUCACUAGGUUUUGGAACAGAGAACUUUAUCUGGACCUGUAUUUUUUAAUUCACAACUAUUUCCAUUGAACAUUCAAACGGAAGUUAGUAAGGAGUUUACAAGCCAAAAAAAAAUAAUAAAUAAAUUGUGCCACACAGUAAUUAUUUCUUUAGUUAUUGCAGUGUAGGUAACAGUUGUUAUGGUAACUGCAGUAUCAUGAGAUGCGAUGCUUUUGACAUAGAAACGGAUGUCACGACAACCAAUCUUAAAGGAAUAUUCCGGGUUUAAUUCAAGUUACGCUCAGUCGGCAUCAUAUGUGACAUGAUGAUUGAUUACCACAAAAUUUAUUUUGGCUUGCCCUACCUUUUCUUACUGAGGCACUUACAAUGGAAGUCAAUGGGGCCAAUCUGUAAACGUUAAAAUGCUGUUUCAAAAGUAUAGCUGCAAGACAUAAACAAUAUGAUGAUUUUAGUGUGAUAUAAAUCACUUAAUAACCUUUUCUGUGUAAAUUUAUAGCCAAUUUUACAACUUCAUUGCCAUGACGAUGUAAUGUCUACAAACCCUAAAACACUAAAAUGACUGUAAAAAUGAUUUAAACAACUUUACAGCUCAAUUAAUAGACGAGUUUUAACAGAAGAAUUAAUGUAAGUGCUUUUAUAAAAUUAUAAGCUUCACAUUUCUGGCUUUAAACCUUCCAAAAAUGGGCCCCCAUUGACUUCCUUUGUAAGUGCCUCACUGUAACAUAAUUUCUUGUUUUUGGUUUGUUGUUUAAAGAAAAGGAAGGACGAGUCAAAUACGUUUUUUGUGUUAAUCAAAUGCUGUCGAUUGAACUUAACUUGUAUUGAAACCGGAAUAAUAAAAAGUCUUGUUAAAAUGUCAGUUUGCCAGUGAAGGUUGACUUAGAUAAUAAUAAUAAUAAUAAGAAGAAGAAAGAUAACUGGAUUUUAUAUGAAUGUUUACUUUAAUCCUCAUGUUCAUUAUCAGAUUGCAAAAGUAUACAAAAGAUAAACACUGGAGUACUCUAUGAUGACAUCAGUGCCCUUAACACUUUGGCUAGAAACAUACAUCACAAAUGUAUGCUAACACGGAUACUAAUACACUGCAAGCGCACUGUGCAUUUGAACAAACUUGACGUGUGUUAUUGUGUUACUGUGGCAGUAAUAAAUCUCAGUACUCAAGCGGGUGAUAGUUACCUAUCAUUCAGGUAGCUAGCUAUAAACACCAACAGUUUCUCAGUAACAUCUUCAAACUUAGUUUGAACUCUUUUAAAACUGACCAUAGAGUAAGGGAGGACCAUUUACUGUACACAUCAGUAGCACCCCUUGUGGCAACAGGGUGUAAGUGUACUUGCAUUGCAUUAUGAAUUGCGUUCACGCACCUGAGUCGAGCAUAUUUUGGAGACCUUAGAAAAAGCAAAUAAUUACAGAUUCUGUAGUGCCAAGUUUUCAUUCGCUAAGCUGCUAAUACGAUAAUUAAAAGACGUUGUUGAAUAGUUGAAAAUUAAAGUGCAUCAGCCAAAGGGGGAAGUCUUUUCAGAGGCUUUUUAUUCGUUUUUUAUUAUUAAAAUUUUAUUUCGAAGAUUACAAAGACAAGCAUUAGUUCAACUGCUGAAAUCGGUCUGUGCUUACCGAAACUCGAAUCACUGCCCCAAUGGCCGAAGCUGGAAGUGUUGUUGAAUGUAUGGGCGCAUGCUAGCUUCAGUUUCCUGGUGAAAUGUCCACAGGGUGGUGCCAAAAGUGAGUUGUAUUUAGUUGUAAAUGAUGUAAUACAGUUAACACAAAUUAAUAUUUUAUUAACUCUACUCCCAACCCAAAACACAAGCCAAAACCUAACCUUCAGUGGAGUAGAAAUGUAAUUGUUCAGUGACAAUGCAACCUCCGAAUGUGUUUAUCUGGACGCGAUAACUUCCUGGUUUCUAUGGGACCAGAACACGUGUCUUGGAGGAUGCUCUACAGCACUAUCAGGAGCGCUAGAGGGAAAUGUGUUCUUCACACUAGAAUUGAUUACUUGACAGUAAUCUGGCAGAAUGGAGUUGAUUUCAGGGUACAUGAACUUUCGAAAAGCAACAUGACGAUUUACCGUGCGAUCAUGUUGCAUGAGUUGAGCACACAGUAAGACCAGGAACGUGUUAUAAAAAAAAUAAAAUAUGCUCUAUUUUGAUUUCAUGUUGACUUUAAAUGUUCUGAUUCAGCAUGUAGUGAUGUGUCCGAGCGAAAUGUACAGUACUGUAUAAUUCCUGUUAUGUCCACUUGGCUGGCUCUUUUGGACAGGUGACAAAUGAAAAGCUUCUGAAAAUGUAUGAGACAUGCAUAUUAACGUUGAGAAAUAGAGAUAUAAGUGUUAUAAAAAAAAAGUGAAAAGCCAUGUGGAUAUGUGAGAUAUUGCUAAAAUGAUGGAUCCAUUAUUUUGAUUAUUAGAACACCUCAAACAGAUGCUGGAAUUGUGUGUGAGUGUGAGUGUGUGUGUGUGUGUGUGUGUGUGUGUGUGAGACCUGCUUUAAUGUGCUGGAUGACCAUUGCUGGUUUUCAGACUGUUACAGUGUGUGUCUGAAUGUGUUGCUUUAGAAACACUCAGCACAAUCUAAAACAGUUGGGCUGUGUUUGGAAAGUAACACUAGUGUACAUGUUUCUGUAUACUAUUUUAAUAGUAUGUAAAACAGUGUGCAAUGGAUAAAUAUUAUUUUACGAUAUUACGAAUGGUGGUGGCAUGCCGUUUCAAACACAACCCAAUCAAAGUCCUCUUGAAACUGCGAAUGAACCUAUUUACCAAGGACCUCCCCUUCUAACCCCGCCCAUUUUAUGUCCCAGCCAAUAGCGGCUCUGGUGUCUCAUGCUUAACAUCAGUAGCUCAGCACAGAUCAUGGUGUUGUGCGUUGAUUUUUCAUGCUGUUGUAGGUGUAGGUUCGCAAGAGUGUUGCUUUGAGAUCAUCGCUGUAUUCCAGUGAGAUCGUUUGUGUUGCUGCCUCAACCGUAGUCCUACAGAGAAUUGUAGCCCAUAUACAGAUUUCAAAAUGGUGCCAAAAUACGAGAGAUGAAGUCUCGUUGCAGUAAAAUAUGCUGUUUACAACAAGACAAUUAAACUCAAAAUAUAUUAAAUCUAUUAGUUUUCUCUGGAUCAGAUGACAAUUAAAAAAAGAUGUAAAUAUUGAUAGUUUCUAUAAAAUUCUUUGUUAUAGUUUCAUGAUGUAUUGUACUUCUAAAAUAUUGGGACAAACUGAAGCAAUUUUGUUUUUGUAGUUUUAUUUUGUGUGGUUUUGUGUUUGC